GCCCAGCUUCCUCGGAUACUCUCCCGCAGUGCGACGAAACGAAUCGCGCCACCAACCUCCUGCCGCCGCCUCUUCCUCUUUUCUCACUGCUUCGUCCACCGUCGCGAGCCGCAUCGCAUGCGACGAGCGAGCGAACGAGAAGAUGACGCUGCUUUGCGUGCCUUUGGUGUCAAAGACGGUGGAGCAGAUGGUGGCCGACGCGGUCGCCGCCAAGGCCCGCGGCGCCGACAUCGUUGAGAUCCGGCUCGACCACCUCUCCGACUUCGAUGCCGUCCGCGAUCUCCCUCUCCUUCUCCGCAGCCGUCCACUCCCGGCCCUCGUCACCUACAGUUUCCAUUUGUCAUCUGUAGUAGCGUAAAAGUAUGCGUAACAGGAAGGUGGAACUAUACACUUCUUCGCCAGAUUGGAUGAAGCCUUAGCUAAUCCUUUCGAAAGCAAGAAUGCCCAUGCUUUGAUUCAAAAAAAAAAAAAAAAAAAGGGGAAAAAGAAAGAGAAUCAUAUAUUCAUUAUGCAUAAUCAGAAUGUUAUCCGAAGUCCUUUUGUCCUAUUAAUGCUUCUACCCUGGAUGCUGGAAAGUUAGUUUGUCACCUCUGGGGCUAUGGUGCAGUGGCAGGGCAUCUAGGUUGUCUCCCAGGUACCUGUGAUUCGAUCUCCAGUUAUGGCGAAUUUGUAGGAUUUUUUCCUCCAAAUGAGACGCACAACCAAAGGAUGCUGGACUUCUUUGCUGUCCGCCGCUAGCGCUUCCCGAUUUAACUUGGUGGCCAGUGGAAAAAUUCUUUGGGGCAGGCCGGUCACCCCAAGACUAGCUGGGUUUAUCAUUUUUUUUUUUUGGAAAGUUGUUUUGCCUGCAUAAUUAACCAAAAUGGUGCUGAACUCAUGUUAUUAUAUUUGAUUCUAACUUUAAAUUUGUAUCUUCCUUAGGCCAAAAUGGGAAGGAGGUGAAUAUGAGGGUGAUGACAAAGUGAGAUUUGAUGCGCUAUGCUUAGCCAUGGAGUUAGGAGCUGAGUAUGUUGACAUUGAGCUUAAGGUUGCUGAAAACUUUGUUAAACUCAUAUCUGGAAAGAAACCAGAGAGCUUCAAGCUUAUUGUUUCUUCUCACAAUUAUCAAACUACUCCAUCAAGUGAGGAGUUGAGUGGUCUUGUAGCAACAAUACAAGCUGUUGGAGCUGAUAUAGUGAAGAUUGCAACCACUGCUGUGGACAUUGUUGAUGUCACACGCAUGUUUCAAGUAAUUGUGCAUUGCCAAGUGCCAAUGAUAGGAUUGGUCAUGGGGGAGAGAGGUUUAAUCUCCAGGUUGCUUUGCUCAAAAUUUGGAGGAUAUCUAACUUUUGGCACCCUUGACUCGGGCAAGGAAUCAGCUCCUGGACAGCCAACUAUCUCAGACUUGUUGAAUGUAUACAACAUUAGACAGAUUGGAGAAGAUACAAAAGUCUAUGGGAUUAUUGGGAAACCUGUAGGCCACAGCAAGGGCCCUAUUUUGCAUAAUGCGGCAUUCAAGUCAGUUGGUUUCAAUGCAGUUUACGUGCCGCUUUUAGUGGAUGACCUUGAGAAUUUUCUAAAUGCUUACUCAUCUCCAGAUUUUGCUGGAUUCAGUUGUACAAUUCCCCACAAAGAAGCUGCACUAAGAUGUUGCGAUGAAGUUGAUCCAAUUGCAAAAGCUAUAGGUGCGGUAAAUACUAUUGUUAAACGGGCAUCUGAUGGGAAAUUAAUUGGUUACAACACUGACUAUGUUGGUGCAAUAUCUGCAAUCGAGGAUGGACUAAGAGGUUUACGAGGGGGAAAGGAUGAAAUUGGUUCUCCCCUUGCUGGUAAGAUAUUUGUUGUCAUAGGUGCUGGUGGUGCUGGGAAGGCUCUUGCUUAUGGUGCAAAGGCAAAAGGAGCAAAAGUAGUGAUUGCAAAUCGUACUUUUGAACGAGCAAAAGAGCUUGCAAAUUUGAUGGGGGCACAAGCGUUGACCCUUGCUGAAUUAGAAAAUUUCCAUCCUGAGAAUGGAAUGAUUCUUGCCAACACCACAUCAAUUGGAAUGCAACCUAAUGUUAAUCAGACACCUGUCUCUAAGCAAGCACUGAGGUGGUAUUCUUUGGUUUUUGAUGCUGUCUACACACCAAAAGUAACCACUCUUUUGAGGGAAGCACAGGAAUCUGGAGCCACCGUCGUUAGCGGACUCGAGAUGUUUAUAAGGCAAGCAAUGGGACAAUUCGAACUGUUCACAAAUUUGCCAGCUCCUGAAAAGCUUUUGCGCGAUAUUUUGGCAUAAUACACAUAAAAUGGUUUGUUUUCUGUAGUAAAUAAAUGCUUUCUCAGUAUCUCCUCCUUGACAGUCGGAUAUUUUUUCAAACUUAUGGCAUAUCGACUUGGCCGGCAUUCUUCAAUAGGUAGCAUGAGGCAUGUUGAUUCCUAUUUUGUUGUGUUGGAGACAAAGAAAUGGCAACUAGAAAUCUGAAAGUUGUAUUCAGCAUAUUUGCUAUCAGUUUCAUAUUUAUAUACAUACAAUAUUGAAUUGUAUCUGUCAUUUGAUAUUUGGUUCA